CCCUAAGGGGAAGAACCCUAGUAGGGUUUUGCGCAUCCGUGGAGCAGCGAACGAUGGCCCUCGUCAGGGGAAGCAGGCGGGCAUCACUCACACUCACCAGAUGGCUUGCAGCAGCAGCGCCGGCUCAAGAGAGGGCCAUGGAUGCGUCAAAAUGCGGCUUCUGGGAGCGCGCAUUUCUUCACAGAGGCAUGGCUACAUUUACUCGAACGAAGCCUCACAUGAAUAUUGGAACUAUUGGUCACGUUGAUCAUGGAAAGACCACUCUGACCGCUGCUAUCACCAAGGUCCUCGCAUCUGAAGGCAGGGCAAAAGCCAUCGCUUUUGAAGAUAUUGACAAAGCUCCGGAGGAGAGAAAGCGUGGAAUUACUAUCUCGGCUGCACACGUUGAGUAUGAGACCGCGAACAGGCAUUAUGGCCAUGUAGACUGUCCCGGACACGCAGAUUAUGUGAAGAACAUGAUCACAGGAGCUGCACAAAUGGACGGAGGCAUUCUUGUGGUUUCUGCUCCGGAUGGACCAAUGCCGCAAACGAAAGAACACAUUCUUCUAGCACGCCAGGUCGGUGUUCCGUCGCUCGUAUGCUUCCUCAACAAGGUAGAUGCUGUUGAGGAUGAAGAGCUUUUAGAGCUUGUCGAGAUGGAACUCCGAGAGCUGCUUUCUUUCUACAAGUUUCCUGGUGACGACAUUCCAAUCAUCAGGGGUUCUGCCCUCCAGGCACUGCAAGGAACAAACGACGAGACCGGCAAAAAUUCGAUUUUGAAGCUCAUGGAAGCUGUUGAUACUUAUAUUCCCGAGCCUAAGAGGGUCCUUGACAAGCCGUUUUUGCUGGCGGUAGAAGAUGUCUUCUCGAUUCAGGGCCGAGGAACUGUGGCUACUGGUCGCAUCGAGCAAGGCGUUAUCAAAGUUGGAGAAGAAGUCGAAAUUGUCGGACUGAAAGAGUCCGGCCCCCAGAAAUCAGUUGUCACCGGUGUGGAAAUGUUUAAGAAAAUUCUCGAUCAAGGACAGGCCGGAGAUAAUGUUGGGUUACUUCUCCGUGGGUUGAAGCGUGAAGACAUCUCUCGUGGCCAGGUUAUUUGCAAGCCAGGAACCAUCAAAACAUACAAGAAGUUUGAGGCGGAGAUUUACGUGCUCAGCAAAGACGAAGGCGGGAGGCACACUCCAUUCUUUUCGAACUACAGGCCGCAAUUCUACUUGAGGACAGCGGACGUGACAGGGACGAUAACUCUACCCGAGAAUGUAAAGAUGGUAAUGCCGGGUGAUAAUGUUAGUCUAAAAUUCGAGCUCCGGGUUCCAGCACCAAUCGAAGCUGGCCAACGAUUUGCUCUUAGAGAAGGAGGCCGCACGGUGGGAGCUGGUGUCAUCUCUAAAGUCAUUCCUGGCUAAAUCCCGAGAAAAAGGUUUAGAUCGUUUCUGAUUUACUUUUUGACAAAGCCAAAAUAAUCUUCUGUAUUGAGUGAGACAGAUUCUCUAAUUAAAUACUCUUUCUUUCUACUUAA